AAAGGGUCUGGUCUCGGGUUUGGUAACAAUUUGUAACAACACCCCACAACACGGAAGAGAGUCGGAUGAGUGAACGAAACAGCCUCACACCAUGUCAGGUUUUACUUAUAUCAUUGUUAUUGGCUUUGCAAUUUUUGGCAUUCAUCAUUGGUUAAAGAAUAAACAUUAUCUUUUUGAGCCAGAGGAUAUUGCAAAGAUAGCAAAGCGGCAUGUGGGAAACGACCAAAAGCAAAGCAUAAAUGCAAAGUAUACAAAGAUCGCAUUGGAACUUGAACAGAAGUAUCCAGGUCAUAUCCUGUCUGAGGGGGCUAGAGAAUGGCUGUUCAUGAAUGCAGGUGGCUGGACAGGAUCUGUUUACAUAUUACAUGCAUCUGUUACUGAAUAUGUACUGUUCUUUGGUACAGCAGUUGACACACAGGGAUACUCAGGACGGUACUGGGCCAACGUUUCUGACACCAUACUAACUGGAUCAUUUCGACGGUGGAAAGAGGGGACUCUCAAAAGUCAUGUGUAUUCCCCUGGAGACACUGUGUAUCAUAACUGGGGUGAUGUAGCAGCAGUGCAAUGGACUGCAGGAACAUGGAUGGUGGAAUAUGGCCGCGGUUUUGUCCCAUCCACGCUUGGUUUUGCACUUUGUGAUUCGAUUUUUAGCUUAAUGGAUUUUGUACAGGUUUUCAAACUGAUUAGAAUGUACACAAGAGCCUUGAUUCACGAGACUCUCUUUCAGAUAUUUGAGAUCAUUAAAAUUUAUUCACCUGCUAUACCCAAAUGAUUUGCUAGGAAGACGUUCUGUACUUGGCUGGAAUUGCAAUGAUUAUUUAUAGAAGUUCGUGAAUGAAACAGCUGCUAUGUGAAGCUGGAAAAUUAGGUAUAGUUACACAUUAGUCAACUUCAGUGCACCUCAGUAACCAUUCUUAAAUAAACUGAAAGUUUAUUUGUAUGUUUUGUUGGUUUUAUUAGUCGGGAACUUAGUGUUCACCUGUCAAGUCUUCACUAGGUUCGGCGUUUUGCGCGUUUUGCACUGUUUUUGGCUAUUUCUUUCUUUCUGUUUUUUUUACAGCACGGCGGCUCUUUCAGCGCCUGUGUUUUCUUCAUUCCCGUCUUCCCCUUCCUUGCUUACUUCGAGGGUUGUUGGGUCCCUACCUUUCGUCUUGUUUUAGUUUUUUCUUCUUCAUCAUCGUGAGAUUUGAUCUUCAUUCAGGCUGGAACUCGAAAAAUGAGUUCCUCUGAAAAUCAGAUAUUGAAAAUACGACCGGGUGAAAGAAACACACGGCGCGUUUGGUACCUAGCAAGUGCAAACACCUCCACUAUCAACAAGGAAUAAGAAUUAGUAGAUAACAGAGGAUUGCUUAACUUUAACCCAAAGAUACCAGUACACGUCAAAACAAGACUGACGCGUUGUACAUAAACAAAUGAAAAAGUUCUUAUUAACCCCUUUGUUAAGCCUUUUCAUAUCCUAAAAUUUGAGUAAACGUCCAGCUUCCUAUUGUAUACACCCAGUGUCAUUGGCUAGUGAGGUCUCUAUUUGCUUCCGCUUGGUUCUGAAGUGCUUGAACUACUGAUUCCAGAUACCAAAAUAACCACUCUCUGACGGCUUAGUUUUAGCAGUACGCGCGCUCCUCGCCCCCAGGAUUUCGCACGGCCAUUUUAUCUGGCAGGUUUCUUUUGCAUAACGCACGACGGACUAAGCGAAAGAGGGACUACUCGUAGUCCACUAUCCCGUAUUAGGUUACGUUGAUUCGUUGAUUCGUUAUUGACUCUCUGGCAACGAAGCAGGACUUAUUGACUACGAGAUGCCACGACGCGAACAAGCGAAAUCUUAUAUUGAUGCUCUUUCAACAUGUGAUAACAACGCUCCCGCAAAUGAGCUUGGUAGCCCUCGGCGGGCACGCAGAAGAUGAGAUGACAUGAUCAAAGAAAAAAAUGCCACAACCGUUAAUUGAUUGUUUGUUUUAUUGAUGAUCAAAAACAGCUAUUGACAAGUUCACUGAACUCGGCAUGUGUACUUGCUGUCAUGGGUACUUGUGUUUUUUACAGUGGUGUCUUUGUUUAUGGUAUCAUGGUAUAUAAUACGAGAGACACAAAAUCCGCCCAGAUGUAUCUGCUGUAUUAUGCUUCUAGUGCAAAAACAGGACGAAUAAUCAGACGCAAAGUCCUCGGGUCAUAGUCUAAGAUGUACCAAAACAAGCUAGAUAGUUCAUUUUCACCAAUUAAACUUCUGCAGGCAGACUUUACACUGAUACGCAUUUGAAACAAUUCAGAAUUUCUAAACGCAGAAGGAUGUAAGCCAUGGUCUGUUUUCAGUCGUCGUUCAAGACGUACUAAAGCAAAUAGUUUGUCUCGUUUGUCUUCUGCUCUCGAUCCGUUAUACUGUGACUACAGGGAUCUACAGUCAACUCUCGCCUUGCGGACACCCGCUAUAAAUCCCCGGCCGAAGCUAUAAAGAAAUGUAUGGAAAAAACUCCCACUAAUCACGUAAGGACUCCCUUAUUUCGGAUUGUUGUCGUUACAAUGGACAACAACACGACGUAUUGAAUGAGUAUCAAUAAGUAUAAAACUGCACGUUACUUGUGGCACUUUCCACCGCCAAAAAUUAGGCCAUUGUCAUCAGACCCUGUUUUUACGUACCGUCUCUCUAUUACGGACAACAAAUUAUGUUCUCGAGGGUGCUAUCGGCCGCCUAUAAUGAGAGUUGAUUGUUUACAUAUCUGAGAAGCAUUACUGAAAAAAAAUUGACCCAGCAUCCUCCAAACGGAAUAUGCGUCUGUAAUGUUUGAAAAACGACCAUUCGAUUUUGCGGUUGCAUGUUGAAUUUGCUUGCAUAUCUUUCCCUUUACAAUACAAGACUCUUUAAACUGGGCGUUAUUAAUGCAAUCUCUGAAAAUCUUUACUGGAGAGAAGGCGUGGGUGCGGACUACUAAGAUGUUUGGGUCGGAAACCGACAUUAUCAGAAACAAAUUGCAAACGCAAAGCGCUAGCUAUCUGUCGAUUGACGUCAGUUCCAAAGGCCACACACAACACAAAUAUUUCACCAACAAAAUAACUAAGCUGAUACAAAAAAUAUUUAUCAAAAUACUUUGAUCGAAGGUGCAUCGAAUAGUUCUAUCAGGGAAACAGAGAAAUGGAGUCUUACUUUGCGUGCCAGCGAUUUAUCGUACUUCUAGGCAAGAUUAUUAUCAAGAAACUUCUGACCGACGUUUAUCCUCUUAACGAAAUGUUAUAAAUUAACUCCUUUUUCCAGGUCAAGGGUCGACUUUCACCGACACAGAAUCUAUCCUUUUCUAGUCUUGUGCCAAAACAUGAUGGUCUGGUCUCGAGGGAAAUUUAGCGAGCGGUUCAGCCCAUCUCUUUUAUUUUUUUUUUUUUCUUUUGCAGCAAAUCAAUCCCAUCGAGCAACCCGAGAAAAGUAUGGAUGCGUAGGUUGAUACAUGCACAUAUAGAUUGAACAUUUCCUCUUAUCGCUCAGUUUAAUACCAGAUAAGCAAUCGCAUGUUCGAUCUGAAAAUCGCGUACCGAAGACAGAUAACUGAUUAACUCAGAACUGACGCAGAAUCACGAAAAUAGAAACGACGCGUAAACAAUUCAUGCGGGAUGCGACGCGAAAAGAUGAGGGCAUUCAUUGUUCAUAUUCAGAGAGGAUAAAAGCAGAGGCCUAAAGGGCUAAGCUUUUAUCUUGAAGAAUCAUCGAGCCGUACACUUGACGUGGAGGCCUUGGGGAAAAACUUCUUAAUACUGAGAUGGCUGCUAAAGUCUUCUUUCUCUUUGUCGCUGGGUUGGUUUUGUUCGAAGCUGAAGCUGCUUUGUACAGAAGAGAAUUUUUUGACCCAGGAAGUCCAUUUAUGCGCGACCUGAUGGAGUAUGAUGAUCCCAUUUCACGUCGGGGUGCAAUGCCAGGUCAGGAAGACUGUCAAGACAAAACAGUGUCGUCCUUCUGUCUUGAGUGGGCAAGGAUGGGAUAUUGCAGGAACCCACGCCUUUUUGCAUCAACUAACAAUUUUCGCACCUUCACCCAAGAUUAUUGCAGAAUGACCUGUAACCGUUGUUAACACAUGAGUACGAACUAUUUGAGGAUUCCUUGGUUUUAAUCGAGUGAUAUAUUAUUCAAAGAUGAAAUCACACAGUAACCAAUGCUAACUGGAACAGUAUGAUUAACAUUGUUUUAAUCCAUAAUUGUGUAGCCUUUUUAUAUUGCUUGUUUAAAGAACUGGAUUACGUUUUUCAUUUACGAGGAAGACGUUUUAUGGCAGAAAAUGAGAAAAAAAAAAGAAUCACCAGUAUAGAGCGUAAGCAUUUCAGCAAUUAGCACUUUUACAUAUUAAAUUUUCUAAUCAAGAUUUUUUCACAAUAAAAGUACUCUUUCGAAAGGAA